AAACUGUUAGGAUACAGAAAGUUUGUGCUGUAGGAGACAGACAGAUUUGUGUAUUCCAAAACCUCACGUGCAUGUGAGAGUCCGCCAUUGUUUUACAAAGACAACCAAUAAGACACAGUGGUAGAAAUUGCAACCUAUAGGGCAACUCUGUAUAACAAACAACCAAUCAGAGUUCAUGCUGUAUUCUGCGCACAAAUUUGAAUAUAUGUAAAUGUAACUGUAUAAACUCCACAAACUCGAACAGUUGAAUUGGACAUUUUUGUGUGAAUCCCUGUUGCUGGCUUUCUGUAUAAUAAAUGCUUCCUGAUUUUAAACACUAACUUCGGAUCUGCUUCUACCUGGAACGACGGUCACUAUUGUUCUUGGCAACAUUUCUGGUUACCAACAAUUUGGCGCUGCGAGCAGGGUGGAUUCGUCUUCCAGAACUUCGUUGUUUUCCUGACCAAAAAAGUGAGUAAACGGGUUUUACUACCAUUGGCUUGGCGAAUUGGACGGCAAAACUGCGGAAGUCUGGAACGCUCCACCCAGUGGUACGAUAACGUAUAUCUUGACCGGUGUAGAAGCGAUCAGUUGUUUGUGCUUAAAACUGUGUCUUUUGGUAUAACGUCUGUGUAACGUUACACAAUUGUUUGUUAUAAAUAUCAGUGCUGAUGAUGUGUUACCAGUGCUGCUGACUGUGAUAUAGGCCUGUGUAUUAAGCCUAUUGUGACCGGGUGUUUGUGAGUCACCCCUGCCUAUGGAAAGUGUGAAUCCAGGCUAAAUUCUACACGUGGUUGCGUGGCCGUGGACUGCAGAAGGUACCAUCCUCGGUUCUGACGGCAUGAGAUUACUGAAAGCUUACAAUGGGGCCCACCCAGUUACAGGAUAUGCAGUUAACUGGUCAUCUCGGGGUUUCCUGACUUCAUCAGGUACCCCGAUAAAAAAUGGGGGGGUUGUUCAGAAUCUCAUAACUGCCUCUAAACUACCAAACAAACUAGCAGUUGUAAAAGUGAAAGCGCACACUAAAGGACAAGAUGCAAUCAGCUUGGGUAACCACUGGGCAGAUGAAGCUGCCAAAGCAGCAGCUUUAAAUGACUCCCUGCCUACUUACAAAAUUGCAGCUAUUGACAUGUCGGGUCCAACUAACAUUGACAUAGCUAAACUACAGGAUGCCUGUACAAGAGCUGAAAAAUGGACGUGGAUUGAAAAUGCAUGCACUCUUAAUGAUGACAACAUUUGGCACACACAGGACGGGAAAGUUGUUGCCCCUCAGAGCAUCCUUUCAUUGCUUUGUGAAGUAUACCAUGGCAUUGCACACAAUGGAGAAAGAACAAUGCGGCACAACAUGUCACUUCAUUGGUGGUCUCCCAAAAUGACCAAGGUAAUGAAAGAUUUCAUUAGGCGUUGCAUCAUUUGUGCAAAAAGCAAUCAAGGUCCAAAAAUAAAAGUAAUGAUGAAACACCAGCCACGGCCUACUGGACCCUUUCAGCAAAUCCAGAUGGAUUUCAUUCGCCCUCUUCCAAAGAGCCAUGGAAAAGAACACUGUCUCGUUCUCAUAGACCACUUCACACGCUGGGUAGAAGUUUACCCUGUAGCCUGUGCAAAUGCCGCAACCACGGCAAAAAUAAUCGCAUCUGAAUUCUGCCCACGCUGGGGCCUUCCCUGCUACAUAGACUCAGACCAAGGGACCCACUUCACCGGUAAAGUAAUGAAACAGGUAUGUUCGUACCUGGGAAUCAAACAAAAAUUCCACUGCCCUUACCAUCCUCAAAGUUCAGGUCUGGUCGAAAGAACAAAUCGAACACUGAAAGAAAAGCUGACCAAGGUGUUGCUGUCGAAGGGGGGAAGCUGGGUCCAAGGCCUCCCAGCUGCACUCAUGGCGAUGAGAGCAACCCCUAAUGCAGUAACUGAACUGUCUCCCUACGAACUAGUGACUGGCAGAGCCAUGUCACUAGCCCCUGGCCUUUGUAAGGGGUCAGAAGACUCUCUUAUAGUGGGAGAUGCAUUGCUGAAGUAUUGCCAAAACUUGAAUGAAGCGGUGAAAAACCUAACCUCCCAGGCUUUGUCAUUACAGACUCUAAAAGAUAAACAAAAGGAGGGGGGGCAAGAAUCGCAGACAUAUGAACCUGGACAAUGGGUUAUGAUAAGAGCCCCUCAUCCUAGAUCUUUCCAACCUCGAUGGCAAGGACCACACCAGGUCUUACUAACCUCUGAGACUGCUCUUCGAGUUACAGGCAUCCCGGUCUGGAUCCACCAAUCCCGGACCAAACCAUGCCCAUCACCCGAAGACCUCAAAAGGCCUGAAGAACUCCCUGCCACGGACGACUGCAGCCUUCACGAAUCAGGUGCAAACGUUCCAAUUUUUUCACAUACUCAACCAAAUUGAGCAUUCAAGUUAUGCUCCCAUCCAACAUGCUGACAUACAUAAUAUAGAACCAAGUUGUAAUAACUUGGGAGUACUUGAUAAUGCCCUCACAUGGUAUUCUGUUUUCUUCCUCAUAUGCCGGAGAGGACACUCCCAUGACACCAUACCGGCGCCGAGGACACCACCCCUCCAAGACCAUGUUGCUGCAAACCAGGAGUAAAUUGCAAGAAAUCCCACCAAGCCUUGAAUCGAGCCUUCCCUACCAAACCAAUGUCACUAUCCAUCCAGCCAGCAACAGAAGGACUUUUUUCUUUACAAGUUAUGUUCUUGGAGUACAUCUCGUUCGCCCGUAAGGGGGACGUGAGGGAAUUUUGCCUGAAGUUUUCCUAACACAGGUUUUUGACAGGUUUUCGCCCUCACCCUGAACAAUGACUAAAUAAAUGUAACUGUAAAAUUGACUUAACCAUGAGAUUCAUGUUGUGUCAAAAGGAGGGACUGUUAGGAUACAGAAAGUUUGUGCUGUAGGAGACAGACAGAUUUGUGUAUUCCAAAACCUCACGUGCAUGUGAGAGUCCGCCAUUGUUUUACAAAGACAACCAAUAAGACACAGUGGUAGAAAUUGCAACCUAUAGGGCAACUCUGUAUAACAAACAACCAAUCAGAGUUCAUGCUGUAUUCUGCGCACAAAUUUGAAUAUAUGUAAAUGUAACUGUAUAAACUCCACAAACUCGAACAGUUGAAUUGGACAUUUUUGUGUGAAUCCCUGUUGCUGGCUUUCUGUAUAAUAAAUGCUUCCUGAUUUUAAACACUAA